UUUCACAAACACAGCAUAUUCUUGUGUGGUAGAUCGAGAGUAAGAGCUUGAAGCCAUGGUGGGUGUUGGAGAGAUGAUUGCGAGUGCCGUGGUGAAGCAAGUCACUAGCAGGCUAAUCAAAAUCGCGGGGGACGAGAUCGCUCUGCAGUGGAAGUUUAAAGGCGAUGUGGAUAAAAUGGUGGAGAAAAUGAAAGAUCUCGAGGCUGUGAUGCAUGAUGCUGACAAUAAGGUGAGCCAAGGAGGAGAUGUUGGAAAAGAAGUUGGGCGGUGGCUCCUGAAGUUAAAAUCCGUUGCCUACGACGUUGAGGACCUGCUGGACGACUUGGAUACUAAGAAUAACGAAGCAAAGCUCAAGGCAUUCUUUUCCCGGGACAAUCCAGCCUACCGGUGGAUAACCAGACCCCACAAUUUGCUGGAUGUGAGGAAGAGAAUAGAAGAAAUAGAAAAUGACAGCAGGGCGUUCAAACUGGUUCCUCAAGAGAAGGUAGAAAGGAGCAGAAAAAAUGAGACUUUUGCACCCAGCAGCGAUAGAGGCACGUCAACUGGAAUGCAAGGGAGGAGUGCAGAAAAGGAUAAAUUAGUAAACCUGAUAUUGAGAAGUGAAGCUAAUGUGGAUAUCUCUAUCAUUCCAAUUGUGGGGCUUGGUGGUAUAGGGAAGACAACAUUGGCCCAAUCAGUAUUUGCAGACAAGAGGGUAGACAUCUUCGACAUCCAAGCCUGGGUUCAUGUAUCUGAAAAGUUUGAUUUACUCCAAAUUAUGAGCGCCAUCAUCAAAAGCGUAGAUGCCAAUAUCAACCUUGACAACAUUACUUUGCAGUAUCUACAGGAUUGUCUUCAAGACAAACUUGCUGAUAAAAAGUACCUGAUUGUUUUGGAUGAUUUCUGGGAAGAAGGGGGAGAUAACCUGGAAAAGCUGAAGCUGAUGUUACAACAUGGCUCCAGCGGUAGCAGGAUUAUAGUUACUACGCGUAACCAAACUGUAGUGAAAAAAAUGAAGACUGGUGUUCUUGCACAUAAAAGGCUGAUUCUCCCUGUGCACGAGUCUGACCAAAUCAAUCUGGAUUUUCUGUCAACCAAUGACUGCUGGGAACUAAUAAAGAUAAGAGCAUUUGAGCCUGAUGAUGACCCGACUCCCUUGAAACAAAUUGGAUAUGAAAUUGCAGGAAAAUGUGGAGGUCUACCGCUCGUGGCAAAUGCUUUUGGGCAUGUAAUGUCAGAGCACAAGUCCAUCAAGGCAUGGCAAGACAUAAAAGUGAGGAUGGUUAAUUUGGGUUUGAGAAGCGAAUGUCAAAAUGACACAUUAGAGUCCCUCAAGUUGAGCUAUUACUAUAUGAAGCGGGAGUUCAAAAUUUGUUUUGCAUAUUUGGCGGCAUUUCCAAAGGGCUUCCUUAUAGACACCAACCGUCUGAUCCAGCAAUGGAAUGCUCUUGGAUACAUCCAUUCAGAAUAUGAUGGUGAAAGCUGCAUCAACUACCUUCUUGGGAUGUCUUUUCUUCAGAUUUCUGGACAUCCUACGGAUAAUCUAAGUCCAGUGCAUGCCAAGGCUUCUCAGAAGCUUAUCAUGCAUGAUUUGGUACAUGAUCUUGCCUUAGUAAUUGCUGCUGAUGAAUUCCUUGUUCUCGAUGCUCGUGGUACUGGGCCAAGGAGUUGGAAAAAGGAAAUUCAUUGCCGACAUGCAGAGUUGAUACAGUACCAGAAUCAAUCCAAGGUUUUUGAUUGUCUGCCAAAAAAACUUAGAUCCCUCCACAUUAGAGAUUUGCAUGAAUGGCAACUUCCUCCAAAGGCAUUUUCUGGUUCCAAGUACAUGCGUGUCUUGGACCUAGCAUGUGCUGCACGGAAACUCUCUCAAGGGCAAUCUGCGUCAAGCAAAAUCAUGCUGCCACAUUCCAUAGAAAAACUGAAGCUACUUAGGUACCUUGAUGCCACGGGAUUGCAAAUUACUUCACUUUCUAAGUCUACGUCUACACUUCAGAAUAUGGAAACUCUGAUUAUGUCCAAUUGCUCACUUGAAACCUUGCCUGACAAUAUCUGUAGCCUCCACAAACUUUGUUAUCUGGACCUAUCCGGUAAUAGAAGCCUUGAUAAGCUACCUACCUCAUUGGGUAAGCUCUCUAAACUCUCUUUCCUCAACUUUUCUGGGUGUUCCGUCCUCCAAGUUUUGCCUAAAUCCAUCUGUGAGCUGGCAUGUUUAGAACACCUAGAUAUAUCAGAUUGCUGUGUCAUUCAAAAUCUCCCUGAUAAAUUUGGUAGCCUUCUACAACUCAUAUUCCUAGACUUAUCAGGGUGUUUCAUGCUCCAAGAGUUGCCUGAAUCCAUCUGGCAGCUGACAUGUUUACAACACCUAGAUAUGUCGGAGUGCCGUGCCAUUCGAAAACUCCCUGAUAAAUUUGGUAGCCUUCUACAACUCAUAUUCCUAAACUUGUCAGGGUGUUUCAUGCUCCAAGAGUUGCCGGAAUCCAUCUGCCAGCUGACAUGUUUACAACACCUAGAUAUGUCAGAGUGUCGUGCCAUUCAAAAUCUCCCUUAUAAAUUUGGUAGCCUUCCAACACUCAUAUUCCUAAACAUGUCAGGUUGUUCUAAGAUAACCAAACUACCUGACAAUCUUAUACUUCAGUCUUUAGAGCAUAUGAACCUAUCAAAUUGCCAUGAGCUAGAGAACCUGCCAAAAGAUUUUGGCAACCUUCAAAGGCUUGAGUUCUUGAGCCUUUCUGAUUGCUACAAGGUUUCAUUGCUGCCAGAAUCAUUUUGCCAACUUAAUCAUCUAAAAUUCUUAGAUCUUUCAGACUGCCAUGAGCUCAUGGAACUCCCUGAAUGUUUUAGUCACCUUGUUGAGCUUGACUCUUUGAACCUAACAAGUUGUUGCAAGUUGCAAGUACUGCCCGAGUCAUUCUGCAAGUUGUCUAAGCUGCGGUACCUCAGUUUGUCUUAUUGUAUGAGGCUUGAUAAGCUCCUACCCUCGUUCGGUGACCUUAAGCUUCAAUCAUUGGACAUAUCUUGUACAGAAUCUCUCAAUGCCUUGCCAGAUAGCAUUGAUGAAAUGACAAGUCUCACUCGAUUUGAGGCCAGGCAAGGAGCUCCUGAUGUGAUCGCACGUGUUGAGGAAAUUAAAAAGCAUCUUAUUAUUUCAGGAGAAAUAGAACAUGUUGUACAACAGAGAGAAAAUAAAGGAUGCAGCAGUAUAGUGGAACUUGCAGAUUUAACUUGUUAUGCGUUGGAUGUUCAAGAGCUUCAGAAUGUCAAGCAUCCAGAAGACGCGGAGAGAGCAAAGUUGCGUGAUAAAUCAGAUCUGAGGCAACUAACUCUUCGCUGGGGAACCAACGGAGGCCAGGGUAAAUCUGUGUUGGAGAAGCUCACACCACGGAAAGCCUAG